GUCGGGGCAGUUAGUCCCGCCCCACAGUCUGAGCCAUCUUGUAUUUAGCAAGAACAAAAACGGAGCGAGGAGCCGCGGCAGCAGCGUCAGGAUGAGCCGCAGAUCGUCACUCUGAUCCCGGGGAGAGUUUGAAAACGUGUCGGUGCAGCGGGACAACAUGAGCCGAGGAGAAGCGCCGCGGACAAACAGCAGCCACACCCCGCUCCACCGCUAGCCCCGACGUUAGCCCCGACGUUAGCCCCGAGCUACCACCGCUAAGCUAGCCAAUUAGCUCAGGCUAGUGACCCAGGGACGUUGAAGCGGUGACCGGCGAGUCCACGGUUCGUUUUCCGGCUCGGACGCCGUUAGUCCAUUCCACGGUGGGCUCUGCAUUCAGGGGGACUUCGGCGGGAAUGGACCGGACGUCGUGUUGAUCUUCUGCGGAGAGGAAACCGGGCUAUGCGGCUGGAGGCUCGUUAGCUCGGCUGCUAACAGUUGUUUUUCGGUCCAGAGCGGAACCACAAUAAGCCGCGGCCCUGGCCAUGCCCUCGAGUUCACGGGCGGGCAAUCUGAAAGACCCCGAGGUGGCGGACCUCUUCUGCAAAGAUGAUCCGGAGAAUCUGUUCGCUGACCUCCGUGAGAUCGGCCACGGCAGCUUUGGAGCUGUAUAUUUUGCCCGAGAUGUGCGCAACAAUGAGGUGGUGGCCAUCAAGAAGAUGUCGUACAGCGGCAAGCAGACAAACGAGAAAUGGCAGGACAUCAUUAAAGAGGUGAAGUUCCUGCAGAAACUUCGCCACCCGAACACUAUCGAGUAUCUGGGAUGUUACCUGAAGGAACACACAGCAUGGCUGGUGAUGGAGUACUGCCUCGGCUCAGCCUCAGACCUGCUCGAAGUUCACAAAAAGCCACUUCAAGAAAUGGAAAUAGCUGCUAUUACCCACGGUGCACUGCAGGGAUUAGCAUAUCUUCACUCUCACAAUAUGAUUCACAGGGAUGUGAAAGCAGGCAACAUCCUGCUGACGGAGCCUGGUCAGGUCAAACUGGGCGACUUCGGUUCUGCCUCCAUCGUGGCUCCGGCCAACUCCUUCGUGGGGACUCCCUACUGGAUGGCUCCGGAGGUGAUCUUGGCCAUGGAUGAGGGUCAGUAUGACGGCAAGGUGGACGUCUGGUCGCUGGGCAUCACCGCCGUAGAGCUGGCUGAGAGGAAGCCCCCACUCUUCAAUAUGAAUGCUAUGAGUGCCUUAUAUCACAUCGCUCAGAACGAGAGCCCCAUCCUCCAGUCCAACCACUGGUCUGAUUCCUUCCGCAACUUUGUCGACUCCUGCCUACAGAAGAUUCCCCAGGACCGGCCUACCUCGGACGUGCUGCUCAAUCAUCGGUUCUUGUGCCGCGAGCGUCCGCUGACCGUGAUCAUGGACCUGAUCGCACGAACCAAGGAUGCAGUGCGGGAGUUGGACAACCUGCAGUACCGCAAGAUGAAGAAGAUCCUCUUCCAGGAGACCCAGCAGAACGGCCCCGUGUCCGAGGGAGGGGACGAUGAGGAGGAGGUGGAGCAGUACCUGUUGCGGACGGGCACCGUCAACAGUAUGGAGAGCUCCCAGUCAGUUCCCAGUAUGUCCAUCUCAGCCAGUUCUCACAGCAGCUCUGUCAACAGCCUGGCUGACGCCUCUGACGACAGCAGCAAUGAGAUGGCCAUGAUGCAGGAGGGCGAACACACGGUCACGUCCAACAGCUCCAUCAUUCACCGGCCCACGGGUCAGGAUAACAUCUAUGACGACCCUUACCAGCCCGAGAUGGACCAACCCCAGGUUCCCUCAGCUGUACGCCGUCGAGCCUACUAUCGCAACCGUGACCACUUUGCCACCAUCAGAACUGCCUCCUUGGUGACCCGUCAGAUCCAGGAGCAUGAGCAGGGCUCUGCGCUGCGAGAGCAGAUGUCCGGAUACAAACGAAUGAGGCGGCAGCACCAGAAGCAGCUGAUGGGGCUGGAAAACAAGCUGAAGGCGGAGAUGGAUGAGCACCAGCUGAAGCUGGACAAGGAGCUGGAGAACCAGAGGAACAGCUUCUCCACCGAGGCUGACAAGCUGUCCAAGAAGCACCAGGCCAUCCUGGAGAAAGAGACGAAAGCAGCUCUGACGGAGGAGAAGAAGUUCCAGCAGCACAUACAGGGUCAGCAGAAGAAAGAACUCACCAGUUUACUAGAAUCACAAAAACGCCAGUAUCGCCAACGCAAGGAUCAGCUGAAAGAGGAGCUGAGCGAGAACCAGUCGACGCCGAAGCGCGAGAAGCAGGAGUGGUUGAUCCGUCAGAAGGAGUGUUUGCAGCAGAUGCAAGCGGAGGAGGAGGCCAGUCUGCUCAGGAGGCAGCGGCAGUACUACGAGCUGCAGUGUCGUCAGUACAAGAGGAAGAUGUUGCUGGCUCGACACAACCUGGAGCAGGACCUGCUCAGAGAGGACCUGAACAAGAAGCAGACUCAGAAAGAUCUGGAGUGCGCCAUGUUGCUGCGACACCACGAGUCCACCCAGGAGCUGGAGUUCAGGCAGCUGAGCUCAGUGCAACGAACUCGGGCCGAACUGAUCCGAACGCAGCACCAGACCGAGCUGACCAACCAGAUGGAGUACAACAAUCGUCGUGAGCAAGAACUUCGCCAGAAACACACCAUGGAAGUCCGGCAGCAGCCCAAGAGCCUCAAGUCCAAAGAGCUGCAGAUCAAGCGUCAGUUCCAGGAGACGUGUAAGAUCCAGACCCGUCAGUACAAAGCUCUGAGGAACCACCUGCUGGAGAGCACUCCCAAGUCCGACCACAAAGCCGUCCUCAAACGCCUCAAAGAGGAGCAAACGCGUAAGCUGGCCAUCCUGGCCGAGCAGUACGACCACUCCAUCAACGACAUGCUGUCCACACAGGCUGUGAGUAAGCUGCGACUGGACGAGACCCAGGAGGCGGAGUACCAGGUGCUGCGGAUGCAGCUGCAGCAGGAGCUGGAGCUGCUCAACGCCUACCAGAGCAAGAUCAAGAUCCACACCGACACGCAGCACGAGCGAGAGGUGAAGGACCUGGAGCAGAGGGUGUCCAUCCGCCGAGCGCUGCUGGAGCAAAGGAUCGAGGAAGAGAUGCUGUCGCUGCAGAACGAGCGAUCGGAGAGAAUCCGCACUUUGCUCGAGCGCCAGGCGCAUGAGAUCGAGGCCUUCGACUCGGAGAGCAUGCGGCUCGGCUUCAGCAACAUGGCGCUGACCGGCAUCCCCGCCGAGGCCUUCAACCAGGGCUACCCGACCCCCAGCCCCUCGUCGGGCUCCAGCGGCUGGCCGUCGCGGCCCGUCCCGCGCUCGGGCAGCCACUGGAGCCACAGCGUGCAGAACUCAGUGGCGACUCCGUCCUGGCGCAGUCAGAACCACGGAGGAGCAGGUUUCAGCCGUGCCGAGUCCAUCACCUCCUCCCACGGCAUCGGCAGGGACAGCGAGAUGAACAAGGGCGGCAGGGGCCACUCGUCCUCCCACCAUCACCACCACCAUCACCACCACCAGCAGCAGCAGAUGCAGCAGAUGCAGCAGAUGCAGAUGCAGCAGCAGCAGCAGCAGCACUACCUCCCCCAGCACUACCAGCACCACCAGAGCACGCCGCAGCUCUACCGCGACAGCCAUGAGCGUGACCCCCGGGAGCGUGAGCGUGCCAGGGAGUGGGUGGGAGGAGGGGGCCACUACUCCCAUCACCCCCAGGGCCACCACCACCACCACCUCGCCUCCCACGCCUCCUCCCAGUCCCUGGCGCUUCUUCCACCACCGCCUCCGCCUCCCCCCAUCUCCCUCUCCUCCUCCUCUCCCCCCUCCUCCGCUUCAUCCUCCUCCUCGUCACAAGGAGGCUACGGAGGCGGGGGCCUGAGCGUCAGGGGCCCCAAUCUGAUGGCCCUGAGGAACAGCCCCCAGCCUCUGAGGAGGACGGCCUCGGGGGGGCCAGGGAGUGGCGGGGGGAGCGAUGGUGGGCUCAGCCGGAGCACAUCUGUCACCUCCCACAUUUCUAACGGCUCCCACCUCUCCUACUCAUGAAACCUCACGAGUCGUCGCCGCUCGCUUCACAUGGAGACGCGUCACUUUCAGUUUGUGCGGUGAGGAGGCGUCGAGGAGCAGCAGCAAGUAAAGAGAAGAAAGAACGAUUUUUAAAGUCUACAUUUUCAAAUCUCCUUUCUUAAAGUGAAAAAGAGAGAGAGGAAGCUUUUAUCAAAACAGGAACACACAAGUAUUAACCCCCCCCCCUCCCCAUAGUAAUGGCGAUGAAACAAAACAGUCCAAAAAAAGUGGCCAAACACGUCAACAUGUGGAAUCCGACACAUCCAAGAAGAAAAGGUGUCCAGACAGUGAAGCUGUUGCACAGGAGUGACCCUGCAGUGAGACGUUGGAGGACACGUCCCCGAGGUUCGAGUCCGUCAGCUGCUCCCAGUUGGAGCAGGUGGAUGUUCAGGUCACAUGUUUUUUUUAAUUAGUUCUUUUGUGGAGCUUCCACUUUGUCUGCCGGUGCUUUAAAAACCACUGUAACUAUGUAAAUACCAGUCGAUUGUACACCUGGUUUCUCAGUGUUUCAUACGUUCAGAUGAGAUGUUACAAAAACACACUGCCAUUUUUUUGUUAGGAAACUUGACCACUGCCCUUUGACCUCCUUAAAGGAACCUCCCACAUUUUGGGUCAUGAGCUCGAGAGUUGACUUCACUUUUCUCUCAAGUGAAGAUUUUUAUGAAUCAGUUAUAUAUUGUUUUUUUGCAGAAACACUGGAAGGGUAAACUUCAAGUCUUUACAACAUCUUCAAAACCGUCACAUUCUCACUAUCAGAAUUAAAGAAUUGGACUCUUCAACGUCGUCUCACACAAGAGCUGAAACCGAAAGGAAAAAGCCACAUAACGGAACCACAACGGAAGUGGAAACCAGCAGACGUCUGAAAACCUGGUCAAACCAACCUUGUUUAUUUCAGGUCUUACGGUACCGGUGCGUUGUAACUUUUCAGUGCUCCUGUACCGUAAAACCUCAAAUAAACAAGCAUCACAUUUUCGAUGACAACUUACAAUGUUGUUUUGUCACUUUUGCGUUUGUUAUCCGUUUUUUCAUAUAUAUAUAUAUAUAUAUAUAUUUAAAAAAUGAUUCAGUGAUUAAUAAGAUAUGGUUAUCAAACUCUUAUCACAAAGACAUGUCAUUGAGGUUUAAUAUUUUACAGUUUAAACAUUACACUUUAUUAUAAAUGACUCUAAAUAAAAGAAAACAAGAUCAGUUUGAAGCUGUUGUAAAAAGUUUUUAUCUUUUCAGUAUUUCCUGUUUUUUUGAGCUGCAGUAAAUUAACUUGGUCUUUGACUUGAUGAGACGAUGAAAAUCUCCAAAAUGUGGGCGUGUUCCUUUCAGGAGAUGCUGCCAGAAAGUGUGUGAAUGUGUGUGUGUGUGUGUGCGUGCGCAGCACUGACAGCUUCACUCGUCUCCCCCAAAGUUUCUCUGCAUCUGUAGAUAAAAUGAUAAAAUGUACAUGUGCUUAAACAGAUUAGUACAACUCGGUGCAUGGAGCCUGUACAGACGCAUUUGUAUGAAUAACAUGCACACUACCUAUUUAUAUAAAUGCAUAUAAAUGUAAGAUACCUGUGUAAAUGUGGCAGCAGGUAUCCUGAAGAUUGUUCACUGUCAAACACGUACUUAUAUCACUGUACAUAGAAGCACUAACUUCUUCUGAGACCGUGUUUGAGUAAUACUGACCAUUACUUUGUCACGUGACUCCUACAGAUUUGUCCUAGAAGCAGACGAAUAGAUGCUGUCAUGAUUAUUUCUUCUACUGCAGGUGGAAUAUUUAUGUUACGCUUAUUUCUAAGUUUUUAAAAUGUUAUUGCCAUUUUUGACCACUAGGUGGGGAAUAAGCGCAAUGUUACUGUGAUAGAGCUAUAAAUAUAAAAAUCCUAGUGUUUUUAAGGAGGACAAAAGGACUACGUUUCCCAGCAUUCCUGUGGAGGUCUCAGGGCGGGAGAUCUGGGCUUUGAUCUUUAUUUUUGUUUCUUUGAGCCAGUAUUAAAACAUCGAGCGUCACAGUCGAGCUGAAUUACCGACAAAUAUCCAGAUUCUUCUUUUACUAAGUUUGGUGCCAUAUUUUUAUUCUUUUUAUUUUUUAUUGUAUGUGACAUUUUGCUCUCUUUACUGUGCGAAACGUUACGUACGCUGCAAAACAUGGAGCCCGAAAAGUGUUCGGUAGUAGAUACAUGAAAAAAAGAAAAGAAAAUGACAUUUAAAAAAACUCAAUAAAUUACAGAACAAAAACAAA